GGUGUCGACACAGUGACAGAAGAACAGUCUCGCGGAGUCGGAAGGCCAGGCUGCUAGCGGGGACGACCAUCACAGCCUCUUCCGUCUUUCCCUCGCUUGGCGCUUAACAACAACACGGAGAAGGACGACGACGAGGAGACGAGAACUCACCACCUCGACAAGGAGAGAAAAAAACGGCGGCGAAGGCGACGACGAGGACGAGAACGAAAUUGAACGAAAACCAGGACGAGAAGGAACGGGAACUUGAUUCAGAAGGCAGACAACCACGGCAAGACAGCACCGAAACCAGUGUCUCCAAAACUACUUACCCUACCCUGUGUUUUGCUCCCUCACGGCCGCAAUACCUUACCUGCAGCAUCGUCUGGGAGAGGAAGAGGAAGAGCAAUGAAAGAGAUGCUGGCGUGGUCGUUGGGUGGCGUGGCUGCCGGGGUGGUGCUGCUGACCGCCCAUGCCUGGAGGAGGCUGCGGGCAGGGCGGGAGGUGGAUGGGCGUAACAGGGUGGUGGUAGUGACGGGGUGUGACAGCGGUAUCGGAUAUAAUGUCGCCCUGAGCGCCCUCGAGUGGGGCUGUAGCGUGGUGGCCACCUGCUUGGACCCCGACGGUGAGGCUCCGAAGAGGCUGCGUGGCGCCGGGGCGGUGGUGGUGCGUCUGGACCUGCGCCGCCUUCAGCAGGACGCCUUCAACGGCCUUCUGUCAGCCCUCCACACACUUCAGACUGAAAAUAAAGCACUGUGGUGCCUCGUGAACAACGCCGGGGUCAUGACCUUCGCCCAAUGCGAGUGGCAGACCCAGGAGAUGGUGGCCGGCCAGGUGGAGGUCAACCUGCUGGGCCUCAUCCAGGUGACCAAGGCGCUGCUGCCCGUCCUCAGGCGGAACAAAGGUCGCGUGGUGAUGGUGUCGUCGCCCACGGGUCAAAUCGCCAUACCCAACCUCGCGGUGUACAGCGCUACGAAGUGGGGUCUUGAGGGCUUUUCUCAGGCCCUGCGACGGGAGCUGACGCCCAUGGGAGCUUCCGUCGUGCUUGUCAGACCCUGCAACCUGCCCGAACAGACGGCCAUCCUGACGCACAAUGCUCAGCAGCUGAAAAAGAUGCUCGCCGCCGCCCCUGCAGAGACCCGCGAGGACUUCGGGGUCGCCAUGGCGGAGGCCGAGCAGUUCUUCCGCGGAAUGUACCAGCAGAAGUCUGACCAGCUGCCGGAACCCCUCGAUGCCCGCCUCCUCGCCUGCUUCAGGUCGGCCAUCAUGAGGCAGCGACCCAACUUGACAUACUCCCCCGCGCCCUUGCUGGUGACGCUGACCCUGGACCUGCUACAGCUGCUCCCAUACUGCUGCCUCGACUUCCUCAUCGCCAAGAACUUUUAUUAUUUCUUACUGUCGUUCUCGAAAAACAAGUAGAAACACCUCGAUAUCCUCUUCCUGGUGAUUUUACUCUUUAAUUUCUUUACCAUUGAAACUAGUUUUUACGCCCCGUCGCCCGGGUUCACUUCCCGGCGGACGGGUGUACCAUAGGAAACUGGGGCAGGAAAAGACCUCCCAUAUUUAGUUUGACUGCAUUCCUUAGACGAGAACUAGAACGGCUAUGCAAUGUUAUAUAAUUAUGUUUUCUUUGUUUUCUUAUAAAUAAAUUUGUUGCUAAGUG